UAUGAAUCCAAUAGCUAUGGCUAGAGCACGAGGUCCCGCCCAAACUUCUGGGCCAACAAUACAGGACUACCUGAACAGGCCAAGGCCAACAUGGGAAGAAGUAAAAGAACAACUAGAAAAGAAAAAAAAAGGAUCAAGGGCAUUAGCUGAGUUUGAAGAAAAGAUGAAUGAGAAUUGGAAGAAAGAACUGGAAAAACACAGGGAGAAAUUACUAGGUGGAAAUGAGAGUUCCUCCAGAAAGAAGGAGAAGAAGAAAAAGGAAAAGAAGAAAUCGAAUAGGUUGUCUCCAUCUUCCUCUUCUUCAUCAAGUUCUGAUUCUUCUAGCAGUGCAUCUGAUUCUGAUGAUGAGGAUAAGAAGCCAGGGAAGAAAAGAAGAAAAAAGAAGUAUCGCUCCUCACGGAAGUCUUCUGAAGGUUCUACCUCUGAUUCUGAAUCGGACAGCAAGGAUAGCAUAAAAAAGAAAAAAUCAAAGGAAGAGCACGAAAGAGAAAAGGACAACAAAAGUCAUCGUAGGAAAAGGAAGAAGACUGAUCGUGAUGAUGGGCCUUUAUCAUCCGAGUCCUUAUCAGAAUCAGAUCAUACAGAGGAGGUACAAGUAAAAAAGAAAAAAAACAGUGACGAAAGGGAAAAGGCAAUGGAUAAAACGAAAAAGAGAAAGAAGCACAAGAAACAUGGUAAAAAGAAGAAAAAGAAGACUGCUGGUUCAAAUUCAGAUUCUGAAUAACAUUUAGAAGUACAAGAAUACCUUUUCAACAAAAGUGCAAUGACUAAAGGAAACUUCAACUGUGAAAUUAUAGCAAACUUUACCAAACUGCAUGAAUUUUCCUGUGUUUUAGAAAUACUCCUAAUCUCUCAAUAGCUGGACAGAUGCUGCUGCGCCAGAAAAGACCAUUGUUAUUGCCUGCUGCUUAAUACAUGGGGUACAGCAUUUUUUUAAUUCCAGUAGCCAGCGCUAGAUAUUUGAAAUCAUAAAAGAUGAUGGUUCAGCUGAUAUGUAAAAUAUUGGAAAAUAAGUGAAACUUUUUAGAUACAAAAAGUAGUGUUUUAAACUCUCUAAUUUUUAAACCAGCAGAAACAUAAUCCAGGAUUCAUCCUGAAGAUGAAUUUAAUUCAAUGGAGCUGUUGAAAGUUAGUGACUGAUGUUUCUUUUGAAAUGGGAAUAUAAUGGUAACAUUCUUAAACAUGUUACUUUUGUAGAAAUGUUUACUGUACUUCUGUCCUUUUUAUUUUUUUAUGUUGAGGGGGGAGCUACUAUUUUGACUAGUUGAAUAGGGUGCCUUUGAUCUUUCUAAAUCCCAGCUACUUUAAUCAGUACAGCAACUAUGCUUCCUCGGGAGGUCAGAACUACUGUCAGCAAGCUGUUCCUGAAUAAGCAAUUCUGGGCUUCUAGCAUGUGCUUCGGCAUUAAGCAAGAGCAGUGACAUUUUGCAGCAUAACUAACAUGCAAAAAUCAAGGAAUUUACCUCCACUUUGAAUUAUGCUGAAUACUGUGUUACUAAAUAUGCAUUACAUCAUUUAAAGUAAUUUUGAAUUUUGUUGAAUAUCUUUGGCAAACACUGGUAGUUUUUUUUCUUUUUGCCUUGCCAUUAAGAUACUUAGAAUUAUUUUGCAUGUUUGUACCAUUUUUUUUAAAUUAACAAUAUAGAGGUAUUCAUUUGUAACCAGUGAUUAUUUUUUUAUGAAUUUGUUCCAGGUGCAGAGUUUCAUGUAUGUAUUUACUUAUUCUUAUAGUUCAUUGUUGUGUUUGAGUGCACAUUUGCUGAAAAUUAUUUAGCAUGUAAAAAGCAGGGUUUUGAUAUUUAAACAGCUUCAUAUUGAAGCUGAUUUUACUCUAGGCAAGUUCAGUGACAGACCUGUUAUGCGGCUGUGUCUUGUUAUAUACAACUACUGCCAGAUUCUCAGUAAAGAUACCAUUUAAAAAUUUUGUCUUUAUAUUUUUGUGCUACAGAAUUGUAGGGUAUUAACAUAAAUUGUCUAGGCUAAUUUACUUGCAUUAGCAGCUAUUUCAUAAACAAAUAGAAAAAUGUUGAUAAAAUAGCAAAUACACACUCAAAAUCCAAAAAUAAUCCUUAGGUUUUCUUCUUAUAGAUGAAGUUCUUUCUCUCUUUCAGUGAAAUCCCUAUUGCUGGUUCUGUUCUUGCCUUUCAAGAGUAGGAAAAAAUGUGAAUAAAGAUCCACAUAUUACCCUAAGUACAAAUGCUAUGUACUAACAAUGAAAAGUUUAAUACUUUAAAGCCAAACAUUUAAUUACCCCAACAUUUUAAUAUCUCCUGUUAAAUGAUUAAUAAUUUGCAAUCCAUAAACAAAAAGUGGUGAGGGAGACUGGGAAGGAGUAAUAUUUUACUAGUGUUCUGUCAAAUACGUUUCUCUUCAAGCAGGUGAUUGAAAUGUUCUGGUUUUGUCUUAAAAUGCAGACUCUCUAUCACUGCUAAUAAUGUCUUAGAAAUAAAAUUAUAGUCACCUAGGUUUGAAAACUGACAAUUUCUACAAUUAUUAGGUCAUUAUUGGGAAAGAAGUCAAAGAAUGGUAGAAUGAUCAUUUUAUUUCUCUUUUUUUUUUUUUAAAUCACUGGUUUAAAUCAGCUUUGAGGCUUUGAAAAACUAUUGUGAAAAUUGCGCUAUUACAACUUUGAAUUAAUUACAUUAUAAAUACUGCAAAUGGAAAGAUCAUAUUUGAAUUUUACACAACUGCUAGAGGCAAAAAAUAUGUAUCAUUGAAAACAAGUGUGCAGAUGCUACCAACACACAAGCAAAUACAUAAUGUUACUCACACAAAUAGUCUCAUUUACUUAAGCUUCCUAGACGUGCUUUCAAUACAGCAUGGACAAAAA